GCCGCGGCCGAGAGCGGGGUCCGCCCCGCCGCCGUCCCCGCCCCUGCGAGGAGGAGGAGGAGGAGGAACCGAGAGUGCCCGACCCGGUGGCUUUUAGGGGGGAGGCCACUCAGUUGUUAGAGCCCAGGCCCUGCACUCCUCUUCCAGCUGCUGUUUCUGCUCGUUUCCAGCGCUACGGCCGCCAGGCUGGCUGCUGCCCGGCCUCCCCUCCUCCUAUUGCCGGUACCUACCUCAAAACCGCCCGAGGCUGCGAGGCUCCGCUCUUGAAGGAGGAGGAAGCUGGGUCUGCAAAGCCAGAAGGGAAUUGCAUUGUAGCUGGGUGGCGGGGGGAAAACGGGGGGCGGGGGAAGAGAGGAGGAACAACAAAAAAUAAAAAGAAAAAAAGAGCGCGGCUGAGUCUGGAAGCGAGUCUCGCCGCCCAGGACCCGCACGCCCCGGCGGCCACGCGUGGGUGCAGAUCGCGGCGCGGCGCGCAGGGCCGGGCGGAAGAUGCACACGACGCAGAAGGACACCACUUACACCAAGAUCUUCGUCGGGGGCUUGCCCUAUCACACCACCGACUCCAGUCUGCGCAAGUACUUCGAGGUCUUCGGGGACAUCGAGGAGGCGGUGGUCAUCACUGACCGGCAGACCGGCAAGUCCCGGGGAUACGGCUUUGUCACCAUGGCUGACAGAGCCGCUGCUGAAAGGGCUUGUAAGGACCCCAACCCCAUCAUCGAUGGCAGGAAAGCCAACGUCAACCUGGCGUACCUGGGUGCCAAGCCGCGGAUAAUGCAGCCAGGUUUUGCCUUUGGUGUCCAGCAGCUUCAUCCAGCUCUCAUACAGAGGCCUUUCGGAAAUAAACAAGCUGGCACAAAACAGGACAUCAGUGACCUGAUAAUCAAACAGGAUACCCGCUCACUAUGUCUAUCCCCAGGCUUUUGUGCAGCCCGGAGUGGUAAUUCCCCACGUGCAGCCCGCAGCAGCCGCUGCUUCCACCACCCCCUACAUCGACUACACCGGAGCGGCGUACGCGCAGUACUCAGCGGCGGCCGCCGCCUAUGAGCAGUACCCGUACGCCGCCUCGCCGGCCGCCGCCGCCGGCUAUGUGGCAGCUGGGGGCUACGGCUACGCCGUGCAGCAGCCCCUCACCGCAGCAGCGCCCGGCACGGCCGCGGCGGCCGCGGCGGCUUUCGGCCAAUACCAGCCCCAACAGCUGCAGGCGGACCGCAUGCAAUAGCAGAUGGACUCCUGAAGGAAGCUCGUGCUCCCUCUUCUCUCCUCGGCCUUCCAGUAUACGUAGUUAACAGAGACAAUUCGUAGUAACUAAGGAGCUUUAAGGAAAGCGAUGCUAUUGCAAAACUAAAGAUUUUUAUUCUGCUGUCUUCAUACAGUAUGCAUCCAAAUCGUGUUGUUAGAGGGGAAGGGUAGUGCGGCAUGUCUAGUUUCAAGUAUCAAGCCUGAAGAAAAUGGAGGGAAAAAUACUGUACUGUCAUGAAAGAGUGGCAGGAGUAGCAAUGGGACUUCAUAUUUCCAAACAAACGAAAAAGUACCAAAAAAAGCGCAAAUACAUACUUUCUACAGUAUCAGGGAAGCAAAACUGCCUUUUAUAAGUAAGAAAAUGGUAUCUGAAAAGUUUGAACCAGGGAAAAAACUUGAGUCAGCAAUAUGUAACGUUUAUCCAUUUUAAGAGGAAACGAGCUUAAAGCACUGAUUGUCCUUUCUAGCUUUCAGAAGUUGUCUUCGUGAGACAGGACCUUGUCACUGUCUCACUGAUGGGCACCGAACAACCCAAGGAAGGUGGCCGGCUAGUAAGAUGGCGGACAGGCACCAAAGUUAUUUUCUUCUCUGUCCUCUGGAUGAGUGGAACUAUGGAGCAAGUGAUGUGGAAGUAAGGGGUGCAACAGCUGUAGAGACAAUCAAUAACACAGACAGUUCUGGACAGAACACAUCACUCAUGCUCAUGUGAUGAGCUUGUCACAUCCUAAUCCCUCGCCCCAUCCCGUUUCACUUUUGGGAAACUUUAACUGCUGGUGUCAGCUAUUCUGAUUCUAAAAUAGGAUCAGCCCUUUACUACAACAGCCUUCUCUUUCUAUUUAUUGCAUCUAUUCGUAACUUGUGAAUAAAGGCAGGAAGAAGCCUAAUGAAUUAAAACCUUUUAAGAACUGUUUUAAGGGAAUUUUCUUUUCUGAAACCAUUUGUACAAUUUUAAUAUCUAUUUCAGGAUUAUAUUUAAAAUAUUUAUUAGCAAACAUACAGUACACAAGGCAACUUUUUGUUACCAAGACUGCAGUUCUUGAAGGGUUAAUGGUAUGUGAUUUAUACUGUGCCUUAAUUGUUAUGCUAUUUAAAAAGAAAUAUUUAUUUUGAAAGUUUUACUAUUCUGCGCUCUAAAGAAAGCGACUUUAGAUGUGACACUGUAAAAUUAUGUAUUCAUCUCAUGCUAUAAAUUAUUUAGUAGGCUUAGAUGUAGCAUAUUAAAUAUUAACCUAAUUAACUAAGGAUGUUGACUUGGAUUUAUUUAAAUUCAGUAUGUGCACUGUAUGAGGGUACUCUUAAAUUAACACUUUUUUAGGUUUUUUCAUAAAACAUUGUUAGUUCAUUCUUUUUCCCUCUACUACUUACUCAUGUAGACCUCUCAAAUACAUUAGUGCCGUUUUCUCACUCAUCUGUAUGUAGACUGACUAUUUUUCCCUUUGCUAGAAAAUGCUGCUUUACAUUGUCCUGUGAAACUACAAUACUUGCAAUUUUUAUUCUUGACCGAAAUGGAAUUUAAUAUUUUACACUGUAUUGGAUUUUUUUAUACUUGAACAAUUUCAUACAAGGGAAGACAGGAUAGCAUUUUUAUGGACUCUAUUCAAUGUCACUGGAUUUAUUUGAAGUAUUCUGAAUACUAGCCAGUGUUACAAUGUAGACAUGACUCUCCUGUGCAUAUUAUUUAUUCAGUAUGUAUAUUGCUUUACAACAUUUCAGAUCUCUUAAUCUAUUCACUCGUAUUAAAACAAUAAAAAAAUGUUGUCUCA